AUGCUUCCCUCGCCCUGUUCAGGUAGAUUCAGGCUGGCUUCAACCACGUUCGGCCAGCCCUUUGGUUUUCACCUGAACGGACUGAGCCGUCGGGAUCGCUUCUCGCAAACAUCUACCGAGACAGAAAGCCCUGGUGGUGGCCAAACUCUACGCGCUCUUUGGUUGGGAGGGAAAGCCUGUUCUAGGCAGUGUGGACUGACUUCGAAGAGCUUCAUUUGCAAUGAACUGCUGCAGAUCAUCAAGCGCAUGGAGGAGGCUGAGAUGGAGAGACACUACCUGUGGCCAGAUAAUAUUAUGGCUGAUCUGUGCGCAUAUGUUGUCAGUGCGACCCCUGUGGAUAACGACAUCAUGAAUUUGGAUUGCCAGGAGUAUGUGCCUGAUAUUCCCAACAAGCUAGAAUAUGAGUUUAUUUUGGAAGAGGGUGAUAAGGAGAAGUGUGCAGCCAAGGAGGGAUUGAAGGAAAAGCAAGGUGCAAUUCCCAAUCUAGUCUUCAUUGCAAUCAAGUGUCAAUUUGAAAUUCCUCCAUUCCCUUCCAAAACCAAAUGA